AUGGCUGUCACCCUGGGCAAAAAGGCACGACGUCAGCUCCAGUUCCGUCCAUCAAUGAGGGGCCGGCCCCAAGCUGAAGCUACCUAUCUACCUAGCGACAUUCCGCCCCCGCUCGGCGCCAGCGACUCUGACUUCCUGCCCAUCAUCAUCACCCUGCUAUUGUCAGAUGUACCCACCCCUACACCUGCCACGGCUCUCCCAGCCAGGCAACCCUUCCGCCGGCCUCGUCCUCUCGUCUUCGAAGCUGAUGCGGCCAAUUCGCCGCCGCCGCCGCCGCCCAAUGGCCACGCCAUCCGUCGCGCGAACACCAUCGACGAGUCCUACCGCCGCCCACGAUCCUCCUUCACGUCGGCCGCCGCCACCGCCUCGGGCCCCUAUGACGUCCCCCGCAGGAGAGACUCGACCCUCUCCGACUACAGCCUGGGCGACGCCGGCGAUCUCUUCAACCCAAAACCCCUCGGCCACCAGCCCUCGGCCGAAGACGGUUCCAAGUGGACGCACUUGCCCAUCGCCUUUGCCCUGCUGCCCGCUGUCGGAGGCAUCCUCUUCCAGAAUGGCAGUGCCAUCGUGACGGACGUCAUGCUGCUGGGCUUGUCUGCCGUCUUCCUACACUGGUCCGUGACGCAGCCGUGGAGCUGGUACCAUUCCGCGCAAGAAGUACGUCUCCAUGAGGAGCUGAGUUCAUCCCUCGCGGUCGACGACGAGAGCGAUCCCGACCCCACAAGCGAAACCGAGCCCGCGGACGCGUCUUCCGCCGAAACCAAGCCUGAUGCCAAACGACGAACAUCGACAGACGCGACAUCGGAUGCUCUCGCCGAGCUGUAUCUGCACGAGGUCCUCGCCUUGGCUUCGUGCUUCUUCUUCCCCAUACUAGGAGCCUACCUCCUUCACACCAUUCGGGCGCAGCUCAGUCGACCGUCCGAGGGCCUCGUCUCCAACUACAACCUGUCCAUCUUCCUCCUGGCUGCCGAGCUGCGUCCCAUGUCCCACAUGAUUAGACUCGUUCAGUCGCGCACACUGCGACUCCAGCGUUACGUCCACGAGAACCCCUACAGUCAGGUCGCCGCCAACAGCACUCACAUCGCCACGCUGCAAGAGAGGAUCGAGGCGCUCGAAGCACGCCCAGCAUCAGCAACAACAUCGGGCACGACGCUGCUCGGACUGCUGAAGCGCCAGAAGCGGGUGCCGGACAAGAUAUCGCGGUCAGCCAGGUCGGUACGGCCGUCGUCGGGUCAGUCGCGCUCCGGUAGCGAUAGGCCACUGAGCCGGCUGUCCCGGAGAAAGCUGCAAGGUGCUCUUUGCCUGAGACCAGGGGGUUGUAAGAUAGCAUCUUGUUCAGUUGUCCCCUUGACUCUCUCGGAACGGCGACUAUGUUCGAGGCGUUCUGUAAGACCAGAAGCCCCUGACAAGCAAGCAACAUAUAUUGACCUUCCGCGCGCCCCUCGAAUCAGCUACCAGCCGGUCGAGAAUCGAGGCCAUCCGACAGUACGCUACGGGAGCCCCUUGGUCCGGUGGCGAUGUGAGAACACGAUGUCUCGUGGUCCUGCACCGCGCACCGUCGCUGUGCGAGACUCAGGAGCGAACUGCAGGGUGGAGAUUUUGCCUUGA